CACACCAGUUCUUCUCGGCCUUAACCACAGGACAAGCCCUGGGGCCUCUCCUAGGGCUGGAAAGCAGCGGGGGCAGCAGCUCCGCGGGGCCCCAGGCUGCGGCCCCGCCUCCCGCUGGGUCGCCUCCCAACUGCACCCGGGACCCUGGGCAUCAGCGCGCGGAGGGGAGGAAAUUCUUCUUGAUUACGUAGGAUCCAGGAAACGAAACCCAGAGCCACCGGUGUCGGCGCAAAGUCACUCCAAGGCCCUUCCUCGCUAGCUUCAGGGGAGGUUGUGUAACAACACCUGUGCGGAGCGAAAGAGUGGAGAGGAACACAGCCUCCACCUGGCGCCCGGAUUCCCACCAGCCAGAGCAACAGAACCAUUUAAAUCAUGGACAAACACAACGUGCAAAUUGGUACUCCCCAACCAGGAACAAAUUUGCCAGCUGGAUAUUCUCCUUCAUAUCCACCAGCAUCAUUCCAAGGACCUCCAGGACACACUGGCUACCCAGGACCCCAGGCUGGCCACCCAGGUCCCCAGGGUGCCUAUCCAGGUCCUCAGGCUGGCUACCCAGGUCCCCAGGGUGCCUAUCCAGGUCCUCAGGCUGGCUACUCAAUCCCAUCAGCCAGCUAUACAGGUGCUGGCCCAGUGGGCUUCCCUGUCCAAAACCAGCCAGGUGGACCUGCAGGGACACCAUGGAUGCCUGCACCGCCCCCUCCACUGGACUGCCCACCCGGAUUGGAAUAUUUAACUCAGAUAGAUCAGAUUCUGGUUCAUCAGCAAGUUGAACUUCUGGAAGUCUUAACAGGUUUUGAAACUAAUAACAAGUAUGAAAUCAAGAACAGUCUUGGACAGAGGGUAUACUUUGCAGUGGAAGAAAAUGACUGCUGUACCCGAAACUGCUUUGGACCAUCGAGACCUUUUACCUUGAGGAUUCUUGAUAAUUUGGGUCGCGAAGUCAUAACCCUGCAGAGGCCACUGGCCUGUGGCAGCUGCUGUUGUCCCUGCUGCCUUCAGGAGAUAGAAGUACAAGCUCCUCCUGGGAUACCCAUAGGUUAUGUUGCUCAGAACUGGCACCCAUGUCUGCCCAAGUUUACAAUUCAGAAUGAGAAGAGAGAGGACGUACUGAAAGUUGUUGGUCCGUGUGUUGUGUGCAGUUGUUGUUCAGAUAUUGAUUUUGAGAUUAAAUCUCUUGAUGAAGAGUCUCUGGUCGGCAAGAUUUCCAAGCACUGGACUGGGUUUUUGAGAGAGGCAUUUACUGACGCCGAUAACUUUGGGAUUCAGUUCCCUUUAGACCUCGACGUGAAAAUAAAAGCCGUGAUGCUUGGUGCCUGCUUCCUCAUCGACUUUAUGUUUUUUGAAAGAAACCAGGAUUGAAAAUUAGAAGUGUGAUGGACUAAUGAAUGUAUCCUCAGAAAACUGCGGGGAGCUGCAUACUGUUUGAGGCUACUGAAAAGGAAAACUCAGUGGUUUUCUUUUCUUUAUUGAAAGUACUCGUAUGUGUAUGAAUAAAACUAUGAUGUUCAGUUGUGUGGUUUUGCUUUUUAAAUUAAAGAGCUGUUUUUCUGAA